GGCACCCACCAUGGCGGCCACGCUGGGCGGUCGGGCCGCGCGGCGCCUGAGGCUGCUGCUCUCAGCGCUGAAGCCCGGGCUCCAAGUCCCCCGGGCCGGACCCGCGGCCGCGUUCGGCUCCUCCGUGACCUCCGCCAAGGCCGAGGUGAACGGCGUCCACCUGCACUACCUGCGGACCGGAGACGGAGAGCACGCCGUCCUGCUGCUCCCGGGGAUGCUGGGCAGUGGAGAGACGGAUUUUGGACCUCAGAUUGAGAAGCUGAAUAAGAAGCUCUUCACGGUGGUUGCCUGGGACCCCCGAGGAUACGGACACUCCCGCCCCCCCGAUCGGGACUUCCCAGUGGACUUCUUUGAGCGGGAUGCAAAAGAUGCUGUUGAUCUGAUGAAGACGCUGAAGUUUAAGAAGGUCUCUUUGCUGGGGUGGAGCGACGGGGGGAUAACAGCCCUCAUCGCGGCCGCACGGUACCCCUCGUAUGUCAGCAAGAUGGUGAUCUGGGGGGCCAACGCCUACGUGACUGAGCAGGACACAGAGAUUUACCAGGGCAUCCGGGAUGUUUCUAAGUGGAGUGAGAGGACGAGAAAGCCUCUGGAAGCCCUCUAUGGGUUCGAAUACUUUGCCAGGACCUGUGAAAAGUGGGUGGAUGGCAUAGAGCAAUUUAAGCAUCUUCCAGACGGGAGCAUCUGUCGGGACCUGCUCCCCCUGGUCCAGUGCCCCACCUUAAUCAUACACGGCGAGAAGGAUCCCCUGGUCCCACGUUUCCAUGCCGACUUCUUACACAGACAUGUGAGAGGGUCACGGUUACAUCUGAUGCCGGAAGGCAAGCACAACCUGCACCUACGCUUCGCAGACGAAUUCAACAAGCUGGCGGAAGACUUCCUCCAGUGACCGUGUCCCAGGGCGUGUGGUCUGGUGAGGUCUGGGCCCGCGGGCCCGCCCUCCGCUCAGCUGCCUGCCAGGGUCCCUGUGCUUCCCCCGACUGCUCCUCAUGCAGUGCCGCUGAGGACAUAGCAUCCUCUUUCAUAGCUGCAGAGCUUGAAUCUGACCUUUUCAUACUGGGGUUUUCUUCCAUUGCCUUAAAUAAAUCCCGUCGUGAUUUCCUUUACUU